CCAUGAGUCAUCACGAGCUUUCCCUCAAAUCUAGGGUUGAAGCCCCAAGUCACAAAUCCACCCGCGUCAGUCUGAGUGUUUAGCGCACGACUUUUCGUCCCAUCGGCAGGUCGCCCUGCAAGGUAUAUAUGUUCGAGCGACAAAUUUGUUCAUCUUUUUCUUCAUCCAACAAUAAUAGAAAUGGCUCCAAUUACCAACAAGAAGGCUAAGGCCGCUAAGAAGUUCGUCGUUGACACCACCGGUCCAGUCGAAAACGGUGUUUUCGACCAAGAAGGUUACGUCAAGUACUUGGUUGAACACAUCAAGAUCGAAGGUCUUGUCGGUAACUUAGGUGACGACAUCUCCGUUUCCUCUGAAGGUAACAAGGUUAUUGUUGUUUCCAACGCUAAGUUCUCCGGUAAGUACUUGAAGUACUUGACCAAGAGAUACUUGAAGAAGAACCAAAUCAGAGACUGGAUCAGAUUCGUCUCCGUCAAGCAAAACCAAUACUCUUUGCAAUUCUACUCCGUUGCUGACGAAGAAGAAGAAGAAGACGAAGAAUAAAUUAUUUAGCUAGUUCUAUACUAAAUAAAUAGUUUAUUUCUUGGUUUUGUUUUAUACUUUGUUUAUUCGGGUUUUAGGUUAAUUAAAUGUAUCUUGCUUUAUGAACGAAAACACUG